GAGCGCACUGCUUUUUUCUUUCUCGAUGGUCAUAAGUGCGCGGCGCGCGGAGCCGAGCGGAUCAAAAGCGCGAGAUCGUGUAUCGAAAAGUGCGAUGAUGUGUGUGUGACAUGACACCUUUGUGCUCGUCUCCGCGGUUUCUUCUUCUGAUGCUACAAAGCGGCCGGCCGCGUGUGCAGGCACUAUGUGGCUAGAGGCCCGCAAAGGUCCCGACAAACCGAAUCACCUCCCGCGGCCAGCGUCGGCCGUCAGUUGGCAAGUCCGCGUCCUCUGCGUCCUGUGCGCCGCCACCCUUUUGCAGACUGUUGGAAACCUCAGGGUCGUGUCAAGUGUUGUGGCUGCUCUGGGUGCUCAUGUGAUUUGCGCCCGCAUUCCUGGCCUCACUCCGAGGCAAAGAGACUUGUGCCGGACCACACCGGACGCGAUCGCCGCCGUCAGUGAGGGUGCCCGACUCGGGACACUGGAGUGUCGGUACCAGUUCCGAAAUCAAAGGUGGAAUUGCUCCACAAUCAGCAGCGACGCUGUUUUUGGACACGUCAUGGUCGUUGGAAGCAGAGAGGCGGCGUUCACAUACGCAAUCGCGAGUGCCGGCGUGACCUACGCGGUGACCCAGGCGUGCAGUAGGGGCAACAUUUCGUCGUGCGGGUGCGCCCCGUCCCUGAGGGCCGGCAUGGUGGCCUCUGGGACUCCCAUGUCAGUGGAGGACGUGACGUCGCCCGCAGGCUGGAAAUGGGGCGGCUGCAGCGCCGACGUUGGCUACGGUGUGCGUUUUGCGCGCAAGUUCGUCGACGCGCGAGAGCUCGAGGGUGACGAAAGGACCCUCAUGAACCUACACAACAAUAAGGCUGGCCGAAAGGCGGUUAAAGUUAAUUUGCUGACCGAGUGCAAGUGCCACGGCGUGUCGGGCAGCUGUACCCUUAAGACGUGCUGGAAGACGCUACCGCCGUUCCGCAGGAUAGGCGACUACCUGAUGAAGAAAUACAUUAAGGCGCGCACCGUGCACGCCAUCUCUUCGAGUCCGGGCAAGCGCUCUGGGCCCAACAGCGUUUCCUCGGAGCCAUCAGGGCUCCACCACCACCAGGGCUACCCUAGGGCGGCGUACCUGGCCCUUCGGAGGCCCACCGGGGAGGCGUGGCCGCGCAGACAAGGCACCAUCAGGCGGUCGCCGCCGGUGCAGCGCAGACCCAAAAGGGCCGAACUCGUGUUCCUCCACCAGUCACCCAAUUACUGUGAGAGGGACCUUGCCAGGGGUUCCCUCGGCACUACUGGACGCACGUGCAACCGAUCUUCCACAGGGACUGAAGGAUGUGAGGUGCUGUGCUGCGGCAGGGGCUACAACACACACCAGUAUACUCGCCACUGGCAGUGCCGAUGCAAAUUCCACUGGUGCUGCUACGUUGAAUGCGCCAAAUGCUCUGAGCGGACUGAAGAGUACACGUGCAAGUGAAUUUUCAACUGUAAGAAGAAGAAGAAGAAGUGAACUUCGAAUUGUGAACUUGUAUUGUGUCUGUGCCAAUAAUCAACUCACCUAAAUUUUAUGUAUUUAAUAUAAUUAUAAUAUUUAUACUUCAUUUUAUUUACCAACGUUCAAAUCAGUCUUUUCAAUGUUUGAAAUAGUGGAUGAUUUAAAAAGCUUGUAAUUGUGAAUCAACGAAUGUUUUCUGUUUAUUUUUUGAUUAAACCAAACAGGAAGAUUCCAGAACCCUCUAUUUGCUAAAAAAAUCUAAUAUGCAGUCGUUAAAUUUGCUUCUUUAUUAAAUCGCCUAACUUGCGCCUAAAUAAACAAAAUUCAGCCAA